AUGAAACAAAAAAGUAUAAAAGAUAUUCUAAAUGGUCAGAAUAGCAACAAGUCAAAUGCCAGAUCCAAUGUCAUCGCUCCUGUAGAAAAUGAUGAAGUAAUAUUAGAUAUUUCAGGAGUUAAUGAAGGUUCACCAUCUACAAUAGAACCAAUUACUGUACCGUCAUCACAAUCCUCGUCGUUGCCAAAAGGCGGUCAGUUCAUAUCAAUUCAAAAUGAAAUGGAUAAAGAUAAACCUAUGAUUUCAGCAAAGAAUUUUUUGAUACGAAAUAGUAAAACACUUAGCAAAGGAAGCAAAAAAAAUAGUAGACAAAAGAAAAUUAUAAAUCCAGAGACAAUUGUAAUAUCGUUAGAUAAUGAAAAUGGAAUAGAUGAUGACUAUUUGGAAAAUGAUGCAGUGAUGAAGAUGAAUAAAGUUAACAAUAAAUUUGAACAAUUAACAAAACCGAAUAUAAGCAUUACUCCUAUAAGUAAUUUCAAAACUACAAAACUCAAAGAUUUAUUUGGUAAGGUACAAAAAAAUGGAAAGGCUUCCUUUCAGAACGCCAGCACCUUAAAUCGUAAAAAUGAGAUUUCAAAACUGAAAGACUUGGUGGCACCCUGGCCACAGAAACAAUUAUAUCAGCCCAAUGAUGCUGAUCAAUAUACAAGUAUUGAGGAAGGGAAGUAUGAAAAUGUUUUGCUAACAAAAAAGAAAACAAAAACCCCAAAUCUAGAAAUAUCUGAAGAAGAUUAUAAAUAUUUAAACCGUAACACUAUAACUAAUAACUCGGAUUGUAACAUGUUGCAUAAGAAACUUAAUCUCUUUGGAACGUCUGCAUUAGAUUCAAGUUUUUUGAAAAAUCACCAUUCCCUAUUAAUAGAUUAUUUUGAACCUAAAGAGCUAAAACAUGUUCUAUUAGAACCAACCUUGAAGUCGUCUGUAAAUAACUGCAUAUUAGAAUCAUUUGAGAAGUUGAAGAAAAUGACAACUAGGAAUCAACUUUUACAAAAGAAAAAUUAUACAAAAGAGAUAGAUUAUGAUGAUUUCAAUAAUUUUAUUGUCUAUGAUGAUGAUCUAAAUGUCUCAAAAGAUUACGAAACAUUUAGUGGCGGUAACUCAAAUGAAAACGAAGAAUUUGUACCAUUAAUAGUUCUUUAUGGUAACGCUGUCGGAAAGAACACUUUAUUGAAGGUUAUAAUGGAUGCUUUACAGGGGCAGAUAUAUGAACUAAAUACAUCAACGAAUAGAAGUAAAAAAAAUAUUUUAGAGAGUCUGUUGGAAUUUUCAACAACACAUUAUGUUAAAGGUAAAAAUUCUAAAGGUUUAAUUCUUUUAGAUGAUAUAGAUGUUCUUUUUAAAGAACAUGAUAAAUUUUUUUGGUAUGCAGUUGAGAGGCUUUUACUUAGUGCAAGAAAACCUGUGGUUUUGACUUGCCGCGAUAUUAACUACAUACCGUCUAAUUUAUUACAAAUUGCAAUAAACCAAGACACCUGUUUUGAAGCGAAGAGAAUUUCUCCUAAAUCUGUUGUGUCGUUCUUACAAUACUAUAUGAAAAAGAUCAAUACAGAAAUCAAUCCAGAGGCAUUGCGGUGCAUUGUAGAAAUAAACCAAAACGAUAUUAGAAAAUCACUGUUGGAUUUGCAAUUUCUUCUUUUACCGCCCCAUACCUAUACUUUCAAAACUCCAAAAGAAUUAAAUGAACACCAUGUCUCAGAUCUUAAAGAAUUAUCAGAUUAUUUAGAAAUAUUGAGCUAUGCUGAUGUCAUUGAUAACUGCAUAAAAUUUAAAUCGUUAAUAAACGAUGAUAAAUAUCAUACAUUGAAUACCCCCUCUGCUAUUUUAAAGUGUAGAGAUAGCACUGAUGAAAUAAAAUUGCAAAAUGAUUACUUAAUUGACUAUAAAUUAUAUUUGGACGAUGAACUACAUAGGAAACAAUUACCAUUUGAGUUAAAUAUUUCUAAAUAUCUAGAGAAUAAAACUAAUGAGGUGAGUGGAAUUGAAAGGAACAAAAACUUAUCUAAAAUUGCUUUAGUUAAAGAAAAAAAUCAUAAACGAAUUACAAAUUCAAACGUUGUUUUUUUAAGUAGCAGGAUUUCCAAAAGAAACACCCAAAACGUAACAGCCAGGAAAACCAGAAACUCCUCAAAAAAGUUCUUUGAACUCAUCGAAAACUUUUCAACAACUGAUGAAACUGAUGAGAUGAUUGACUUUGAUUUUUCAUUAAACAACCAGAGUAAUUUGGACACUUACGUUAAUCCGUACGUAUUCAAAAUAGCAGAAUUUGAAUAA